AUGGUUGAGUGGCAAGACGCUCAUGAUAUAGCUGAGGCUCAUGAAUUCACGUUUAAGGCUAUCAAUGAUGAAAUAAAGUCAACAAAUCAUUCUAUCAGUGAAACCACAGUAGGAAAGUUUCGAAAUCGAAGAUAUAUAGAAUUUUUUCAUAAUGGUGAUCCCAAUAAUUUCACUAAACAGCAAGAUCAGGAUCAACUCAAGAGAGAUGUGUGA